UCAGAAUGAAUCUUGGAGGAGUGGGCCAAACUCUGCUAUUUGAAGGUGAGCCUGACCAUCUCGUUCCAGCUGCAUCAGAGGUGCUUAUUGAGAGCAACCUCUUCCGGGUUGCAGGAAGGAUGAUAGCCCACUCCUUUUUGCAUAAUGGCCCCCAUGUCACCGGAUUAAGUCCUGCUGUUAUUCAUGUACUGUUCAAUGGGGACCCUGAAAUGGCAACAAUUGUUGUCGAGGACUGUCCUGAUCUGCACAUCAGGAGUAUUAUAACAAUGCUUGAACUUGAAGAACUUACUCAGGAACAGAAGGACACAGUGUCAGAUCUUUCCCUGUCUUGGGAUCUCCCAGCAGUCACUAAAACGAAUCAGAGGUGGCUACAUAACAAACUUCUAGUACACGCGGUCAUCGGGAGGACCAUGCGCCAAAUUAAACAGUUGAGAAAGGGAUUGAAAGAUGUGAUGCUAUGGCCCCUGCUGACAUCAAGGCCAGAUGUUGUCCCACUUCUUUUUCUGAAAAUGGCAGGAAUGCAGUUUGUACCCCAGAUGUUCCUAGACAAAAUCACAUGGCCUGUGGAGGACAGUGAUGAUGAAGAACUUGACAUUGAGUGCAAGUGCCGCAUCACUGGUUUUCUACGGAUGUUCAUUGAAACAGCUUCAUCAGAUACUCUGGCUCAGUUGCUGAAGUUCUGGGUCGGCUGGGAAAUGCUCCCUCCAGAACUCAAAGUGGAGUUUUCCGGGGGAACCUUCCCAUCAUCCUCCACAUGCUUUGAAACACUGAAGCUGCCAGCUCAUUACAACACCUACAAAGACUUUGAGGAAGCACUUGUUGCUGCCAUAGACAGUGCACACACUGGAUUUGCUCUUGUUUAAGUAUUUUCAGGCAAUGAUGUUGCUGUGCUUUUAUUCAGUAGAAAAAGGUCAAUUUGAGUGAAGUGAGUUCAGUGUUUUUCUAACAUUUCAAAUACAGUGCAGUAUUUUCUUUCCCUGAAAAUGACACUGCUUUGUUGUUGCUCUUCUGUCAACUGUUUGAUACUUCAGUGUGCAUCACCUUGCUGUCCUUGCCUGUUGUCAUUGGCUACAUGAGGUUGUUGAAAUAUCUCUUGAUGCUAGAAAAAUUGGUUUUAUUUGCAUUAAAACAGCAUAUUAUGAUUUCAGAUUUUUAUUGACAAAUCAAGUUAACUAAUUCAUGAGUGACAUUUGCACAAUAAAUAAAAUAAAAGGCCUGCUUAAGA